AUGUCUAUGAAAUGGACUUCAGUUCUUCUUCUGAUACAGCUGACAUGUUACUUUACCUCUGGAAGUUGUGGAAAGGUGGUGGUGUUGCCCAUGGAUUAUAGUCAUUGGAUGAAUAUAAAGACAAUCCUUGAUGAACUUGUGCAGAGAGGACAUGAAGUGACUGUCUUGACAUCAUCAACUUCCAUUCUUGUUGAUCCCAGUAAAUCAUCUACUAUCAAAUUUGAAGUUUGCCCUUCAUCUUUGAAUAAAACUAUUUUGGAAGAUCUUUUAAAAAUGUUAACCGAUAAAUUUAUAUAUGAUUUUUCAAAAUAUUCAUUUUGGACAUAUUAUUCACAGCUACAAAAAUUCUUCAAGGAUUAUUCUGAUGUCAUGGAAACAUCCUGCAGAGACAUGGUUUUGAACAAGGAACUUAUGACAAAACUAAAGGAGUCAAGGUUUGAUGUCCUUCUUGCAGAUGCCGUGGUUCCCUGUGGUGAGCUGCUUGCUGAGCUACUGAACAUCCCUUUUGUGUACACUCUCCGCGGCCUUCCUGGCAACACACAUGAGAAGUACAGUGGGGGUGUCCCAUUCCCUCCUUCCUAUGUGCCUGUUAUUAUGUCCGAACUAACUGAUCGAAUGACAUUUAUGGAGAGGGUAAAAAAUAUGCUGUACGUUCUGUACUUUGAUUUUUGGUUCCAAACAUUUGAUGAGAAAAAGUGGAAUCAAUUUUAUAGUGAAGUUCUAGGAAGACCCACUACAUUAUUUGAGACAAUGGGGAAAGCUGAUAUAUGGCUUAUUCGAACGUACUGGGAUUUGGAAUUCCCUCGCCCACUCUUACCAAAUUUUGUCUUUGUUGGAGGACUCCAGUGCAAGCCUGCCAAACCCCUGCCUAAGGAAAUGGAGGACUUUGUUCAGAGCUCUGGGGAAAAUGGUGUUAUAGUGUUUUCUCUAGGAUCAAUGGUCAGUAACAUGACAGAAGAAAGAGCCAAUGUGAUUGCAUCAGUGCUUGCAAAGAUUCCACAAAAGGUACUAUGGCGAUAUGAUGGCAAGAAACCAGACACCUUAGGAUCCAAUACUCGGAUAUACGAGUGGAUCCCCCAGAAUGACCUUCUUGGUCAUCCAAAAACCAAAGCCUUCAUAACUCAUGGUGGAGCCAAUGGCAUUUAUGAGGCAAUCCAUCAUGGGAUCCCUAUGGUGGGCAUUCCUUUGUUUGGGGAUCAACCUGACAAUAUUGUUCGUAUGAAGUCCAAGGGAGCAGCUGUUAGACUGGACUUCAACACAAUGUCAAGUACAGAUCUUCUAAAUGCCUUGGAGACAGUCAUUAAUGACCCUUCCUAUAAAGAGAAUGCUAUGAGGUUAUCAAGAAUUCACCACGAUCAGCCAGUGAAGCCUCUGGAUCAAGCCGUCUUCUGGAUCGAGUUUGUCAUGCGCCACAAAGGAGCCAAGCAUCUUCGUCCAGCUGUCCACGACCUCACCUGGUUCCAGUACCACUCUCUGGAUGUGAUUGGGUUCCUGCUGGCUUGCGUGGCAACUGUUACAUUUACCAUUACAAGAUGUUGUAUGUUUUGUUGCUGGAAGUUUAUUAAAACUGGAAAAAAGAAGAAAGGAGACUAGUUGUAUCUGA